CAUUCUUCCUCUACUAUCCAGGCAGGCUUCAAGUGGCUAAAUUCCAGUCCUGUGCCAUCCCACCGCAUUUCCCAAAACAAUCUCAGGACUCGCAGUGGAUUAAUAAUCCGGCUGUCAGAAUGGUGGGACUGAAGCCCUCCGACGUGCCCCCUCCUCUUGGUGUGAAGGUUCUGAGCGCUGGCACAGCCGCCUGCAUUGCUGACCUGGUGACAUUCCCGCUGGACACCGCCAAAGUGCGGCUACAGAUCCAAGGGGAGAAGGCGGCAGCAUCAGGCAUCCGCUACAGGGGGGUGUUUGGGACCAUCACCACCAUGAUUCGGACCGAGGGGCCCCGAUCACUCUACAACGGCCUGGUGGCAGGGCUGCAGCGGCAGAUGGCCUUCGCCUCCAUCAGGAUCGGCCUUUACGACAACGUCAAAACCUUCUACACAGGCGGCAAAGACAACGCCAAUAUUGGCAUUCGUAUCCUGGCUGGUUGCACCACGGGGGCCAUGGCCGUGUCCUGUGCCCAGCCCACAGACGUGGUGAAGGUCCGCUUCCAGGCCCAGCAGAACCUGCAGGGUGUGGCCCGACGCUAUAAUGGCACCAUGCAGGCCUACCGCCAAAUCUUCCAGCUCGAAGGACUGAGAGGACUGUGGAAAGGAACGCUACCCAACAUCACCAGGAAUGCCCUGGUGAACUGCACUGAACUGGUGUCUUACGACCUCAUCAAAGAAGCCAUUCUCACGCGGCAGCUCCUGUCAGACAACCUGCCUUGCCACUUUGUGUCUGCUUUUGGAGCUGGCUUCAUCACCACAGUGAUCGCCUCCCCUGUGGACGUGGUGAAGACGCGCUACAUGAACUCUCCCCCUGGCCAGUACAAAAGCGCCAUCAACUGUGCCUGGACCAUGAUGACCAAAGAAGGGCCCACAGCCUUCUACAAAGGGUUCGUUCCCUCUUUCCUGAGGCUGGGCUCAUGGAACGUUGUGAUGUUUGUGUCGUUCGAGCAGCUCAAGAGGCUUAUGAUGGUCUCCAAGAAGAAACUGGAGGCUACUACGUAGGAAGGAACCUUCAAAAAGUCCACUUCGAUCCCACCUCCACUUUCCCCCUACCCCAAUUUAUAGACUGAGUGAGUUUGCUCUGAGAGGACCAUGAUCCAAUUCACUGAGUUGCUUGUGUCGGAACUGCAUGGAAUCAAAGAGAAAGACUGCCCCCUUCUGGACACCUACUGUCAGUGUUAAUGCUGAUGUCUGUUCCCUCAUCUUCCCAAAUUCUCCCUUUGUUGCCUUGGUAUUUACCCAAUGCCCUUGCAUUUUGAAAUUUGCUAAUAUGUAGCUUGUAUGUAAACCGUAAAAUGUUUACUUUUGAAAUUACGGUGAAAAUAUUUUUUAUACAUAUUAUUGAUAAUGACACUAAUUUAUACAAAAUGUUUAAUUUCUCUAACCAAUGGUGCUGUCAGUGCUAAAGGAAAUGUCCUCAGCAUACGCACAAGAGGGCGAUGAAGAGUUCGCACCCUGGUCACUAGGACACUUGUAUUUAUUUGUAAAGACCCUUGAGGAGGUCUAGAGAUACAGUAAUAUCCUCUAAGAGAACAUGCUGCCUGACCUGCCGAAUGCACAAACACCACCUCACACAUACUGAUGUACGGCUCAAAGCCAAAUGGAGCCAGCUACACAUUCAUAAAAAGGAAACUUCUAUUUAUUAAAAGUAACAUGCCACAUAAUAUCUUA